GGCUGGCAUUAAACAUAAACAGCUACGUAUUGCACUGGUGUCGUUGUGUCUCCCGUGUAACGUUAAGCCAGGCUUCACGAAUAAAAGGUGAGGGUUGGAUUGAUCUUUGGAGGCUCAUCUUCACCCUCAGCAGAGAUGUUAACACGGCUGUGUUGGAAAGAAGCAAAACAGUCUUCUAUAACUGUACACAGAAAAGCUCAGGUUGGUCAGUGUUGCACAGUUGGAGGAACAUGUCUUUAACCGCAGUGAAAUGUCCUACAGUCCCACUGUCUAAUGGUCUGCACAUUCCAAUUCUGGGAUUAGGCACAUCCCACAGAGGCGGAUACAGUCAUGAUGCUGUUGUGUAUGCGCUCACUCACUGUGGCGUGCGUCACAUUGACACAGCAAAGUACUACGGCUGUGAGGAAAAACUUGGAAAAGCUAUCAAAGAAAGUGGAUUACCAAGAAGUGAUCUGUGGAUCACCAAUAAAGUGUGGUCUGAGGACUACGGAUACAAAGCUGCAAAAAAGGCCUGCCUUGGCUCCUGCUCUGAGAUGGGGCUUGAAUAUUUUGAUCUCUACCUGAUGCACUGGCCAGACCCACAGAAACCUGGUUGUUCCAACAGGGAGAUGAGAGCUGAGACCUGGAGAGCUUUGGAGGAACUGUACAAAGAAGGGGUGUGCCGUGCUAUCGGGGUGAGCAACUUUGUGAUCCGCCACCUGGAACAGUUGAAGGAAGACUGUAGUGUGGUGCCACAUGUUAACCAGGUGGAGUACCAUCCUUUCCAGCAGCCCAGUCAGCUGAUGGAUUACUGUCGUCGGGAGGGGAUUGUGUUUGAAGGGUUCAGUCCUCUGGCCAAGGGUCAAGUCAUAAGCAGCCCCAUAGUUUGUCAGAUAGCAGAAAAGCACCAACGGACACCUGCUCAGAUCUGCAUCCGCUGGAGUAUUCAGAAUGGAGUUGUGACAAUACCUAAAUCCAUCAAAAAGAACAGAGUACAAGAAAACAGUGAAGUGUUUGGGUUCCAGCUGGAGGACGAUGACAUGGCUGCUUUAACAAGUUUGCAUGAUGGAAGACGUGUUUCCUGGGAUCCAACAAACGUGGAGUAACAGUAUGUGGGAACACGUGAGGUGUGUUUAACCAGGAACCAGUUUUAUCCAUAACAGCUGGUUGAAGAACUUCCUGACAUACAUUUUCAUGGAUUUUAAUUCGUCCAUUUUCUUUGUAUGAAACUCUUCUCCGAGGAGACUCCAUGAUGUGAAGUUUAUUCAUCUCAGUGACCUCCUCUGAAAAGGAUAAAUCCAUGUGUACACACAAACACACAGGGACCAGAACCAUUCAGAGGAGUCAGGUGUGUUGGUGGCCUUAUCCACUCCCUUUUUAGCAUGGCCCUUCAGUUUUUUUAGGACGUCCAGCUCGAGGCAGAUUUACACACAUAGAAUUAACUGUACUGGAGGUUAAAUUCAGUGAUUUGCAAACUUUCUUUUGUCCAUCCACUGACUUAUGCUUUUCAAUAAUCUGUUCAUGGAGUUGCUUGUAGUUGUUGGCAGGAAUAUUGAUCCACUCAUGACUGGAGCUUUCAGAUAUAAGCAGCUUUGUACUAUUAUCUACUGCUUUAUGGACUACUAUGGCUACGCCUGUGUUGCAUUAUGUGAGUCACUUUAAAGAGGGUGAAUACUUAUGCACUUAUUAUACAAAUUUGUUUUCACUUUGACAUGAAAGACUAUUUGUGUAAAUUAGUUAAAUUGCCCAUGAUUCAGUGUUGAAACGCUGCUUUAUAGGGUCUGUAAAGCAAACAUAACGGAUGAUAGUAAUGAAUAAAAAUCUCAAUAUUUGCCUUUGCAGAAAUACAGCUGUCGUUUGUGUGUUCAAAUUUUCAGGAUAUGAAGUAGAGCUAGCUCAGGACUUAACUUGACAAAAGGUGGCACGUGAAACCCUCUUAACAAAUCCAACUUAUCAUUUACAGAGGAACUCCAGAGAUUCUUGUGUCUUGACCACCCCCUACUCAGUAUCACUACAUGUAAUAACCUCUUUUUUUUUCCAUAGAUUGAAACACAUCGAUAGCCAAAUGGUGCUCAUGAUUGCACAGUCCACAUUUGAGUCUCGUCUGUGACUAAUAUUGCCCGUCUGUUUCUUCAGUCAACUGUCCAAUAUAAGCUGAAAGGGCUUAAUCAUUAAUCUUUCAAAGGCAGAUUUUCAUUCUCUCAGUCUCUGUUAAUGAAUGAUUCAAGUGGACAGAAAUGUCCAAUUCAAAGAUCGUCUGUUCUAAAUAACAGCACCUUCAGAUACUGAUUUUUAGCAUUUGAAUAUUAUUGAGAAAAAGCACAGCUCUUGGUUUUAAAAAAAAGAUUUAAGGCGGACUGUACGUAAAAAGCCUCUGGAUUAAUCACACACUAUACUCGGAAAGCAAGUAUCCUCGUCGGUAAACAUUGUGUUUUUCUGCUAUCUUAAGCUAAAUGUCCAAAUGCCACUGUGGAGUAUACCAUGUGGUGUUUUCUAAAGUGGUAAAAAUGUGCAAAUGUACUCAUUAAAGGUGAAGUCAGUGA